AAUAAAUCGUAAGUGCAUUUUUUUGAAUCAAAGCAACAACAUUUGGGUUCGGUUCGGUUUGACCAGAACAAAGAAAUCAUGUGCGUUUUAAGAAGCGACGUUAGCCACUUAACCCCCACGUCGUCCUUUGUAAUCUCAGAUUAAUUAGUUGUGCAACAUUAUAUAUAUUGAAGGAGACGAGACGGCGUCGUCACCGGCCGGAAGUGUUUAUUUGGAAAUCCACCCCCACCUCCACUAUCACCCACUCAUCAGACACACCUAACAAAACCCGGCCGCCCGGCGGGAUUUGUGUUCUUCGCCGGUCGCCGGAGGCAUGGAGGAGGCUCCGGUGACCGCAGCCACGGGGGCUCUGGGGCCCGUCGUAGCGAAGCUGAGCGCUUUGGUUCGCCGCCGCGGUGAGUACCAGCUUCGGCGGCGGACUCGGAAGGACGUGAAGCUCAUCGGAUCCAAGCUCAAGUCCGUCCACUCAAUCCUUUGGGUGGUAUGGGAGAGGCAGGCCGAUCAUGAUGCGGCAGGCAAGGCGCUGAGGAUGGAAGCGUGGCGUCUCGCCGACGACAUGAACGACGCCAUCGACGACUUCAUCCUCACUAUGGGUCGCAGCAACGACGGCAAGCGUUUCAUGGAGGCCAAGAACAACCAUCCGAGCCGUCCUUUCCAGGAUCUCAAGAGGAAGGCAGUUGAUGUGUACCAGCGGUGCCGCAACAAGUGGAAGACGGAGACUUCUUCCCACACCACCACCUUCUUCUGCAGCUCAUUUUCAAGAACAAAAUCCACCGUCGACUCUGGUCCUGCCAAUAAGUGGCCCGCUCGAGUCGUUGAUCCCUAUGUCGUCCACAAGGUCGACAUCUCAAAGCUUGUGGAGAUGGAAGAACCGAGGUAUACCCUCGUCAAACACCUGCUGGUAGGGGAAGACGAGAGCACAGUACGGCAGCUCAAGAUGGCAUGCAUCGUUGGAGGUGUCGGGAUGGGUAAAACGACCCUUGCCCGUCUUGUGUAUGAAGCCAUUCAACAUCGGUUCCAGGCUCGGGCUUUUGUGUCGGUGAAUUCAAGUCAUAGCAUGAUGGGGGUUCUGGCUGCCAUUCUGCAACAGGUGACAGCUGAUAGUACUGACGAUGUUGUACUUCUUGCUGGCACCAAAGCAUCGACCAAGAAUAAACAUCCCAUCGACAUCAUAUCGAGUUUCCUUAAGGAUAAAAGGUACCUGGUUAUAGUUGAUGACAUCUGGCAUUAUGGAGAAUGGGAAACCAUCAAGAAAUCUCUUCCAGACAAUAAUCUGGGCAGUAGAAUUGUCAUGACGAGUCGUGUCAAGUCUGUAACCGAGAAGUGGCAUGAUGAUUUUGGUGCCUUGGUCUACGAACUUGAUCGUCAUCAUUCUUGGCAGAUGUAUGGACCAGCAGACCCUACUACUCAUAAAUUGAUUCGCAUGAAUGCUGACAUGAUUGGAGAAGGUUUUGACUGUGACCAUGAUAUCGUGAACAUGUGUCGUGGUAUCCCGUUAGCAGUGUCUUGUAUGAUUUCAGCAUUGUCAAAGGAGCGAGAGCGUCAGGAAGAACAAGAAGGGCUGUGUGUACUAAGCACACUGGGUCUGCAAGACAGGAUCAAGGAACAAGUCAAGCAAAAUGGGAUUCACAAUACUCCAGGGUUUGAGGCAUUGGUAGACAGCUUGGAGCUUGGCUACAACCAUCUUCCUCAUCAUAUGUUGAAGACUUGCUUGUUGUACUGCAGCAUAUACCCUGAGGGUCACGUUUUUAAAAGGGGUGACUUGGUCAGGCGAUGGAUCGUUCAAGGUUUCGUUUGUAAGGAGGAGGCAGCAGAAGAUUACUUUGAUGACCUUAUCUCCAGGGGAUGGAUUAGAGACCAGCAGUACCAAAUGCACCGCAUUAUCCGAAAUUACCUUAGACGGAGGUUGCGAGAAGACAAUUUCAUCACCUGCAGUUCUGAUGGCAUUCCAUCGUCUCCAAUUGGUCGGCUAUGCAUUGACAACUGGCCAAGAAGUGAUGCAGCGGAGGAUCCCUUGUCAGGAAUUGAUUGGCAUCAUAUCCAGUCCCUAGUCGUUCUUCAAGAUGCCAAGAGGGUCCCCUACAAGCAAUUGCAAAACCUGCGAGUGUUGGAUGUUCAGUGCAAUCAGUAUCAUGGUUUUAAUGAGUAUGCUCUUGAGAAUCAACAUCUCAAGGAUAUGUGUGGACUGCUCCGUCUGAGGCACCUGCUAGUGUUAGGCAGGUCGGAGGUGGUGAUUACAGUUAUGGAAGACUUUCAUGGUCGGGGGGGAAUUACUGAGAUCCCAACAGAGAUAGCAAGGCUGCAGUAUUUGGAGACUUUGGAAAUGACUUCAACAAAGAUCAAAAGAUUACCUGCUGAGAUCGCUGGCCUCAAGCAAUUGAAGACUCUGAACAUGAGUUCGAACAUAGGGCUAGCAGAGCUACCUAGGGAGAUGGGGAGCCUGCAGCAUCUAGAGACUCUGCUCAUCCGUGGGUCAAACAUCAGAGAGCAGGCCUGGGAGAUCAUCGGGACACUGAAGAAACUGAAGACUCUAGAUGCGAGUCAGAAUCCUGAGCUCUCAGGGAUACCUAGGGACAUUGGGGAACUGCAGCAGUUGAAGAAUCUUAACGUGACUUCGACACGGAUCACAGAGCUGCCCAAGGAGAUUGGGAAACUGCAGAUGCUGAAGAAUCUAGACGUGAGUGACAACCUUGGGAUCACAGAGCUGCCCAAGGAGAUUGGGAAACUGCUGCAUUUGGAGACGCUGAACCUGAGUAGCACACGGAUCAAAGAGGUGCCCCGUGAGAUCGGGAAUCUCCAGCAUUUGCAGGCUCUUUAUUUGAAUUCUGUUAGAACAAUCACAAAGCUGCCUCGGGACAUCGCGAAGCUGCAGCAUUUGGAGAGACUACAUCUGCACGAGGUGGAUGUGAGGAACAUACCAAGAGAAAUCUGGGGACUGAAGAAACUGAAGAGUCUAAAUAGGGUAUUCGGCACACUACCCUUUGAAGCUGGGCAGCUAUCAAAACUGGAGGGAUUGCCCAAUUGCGUCCACAGAGCAUGGAAGAAUAGUGUCCUGAUGUCAUUGCUGGCAGGGGAGAUCCUGUCGUUUCAAACAACACAUUUAUUUUAUGGUGGUGGAUUAGUCGUCAGCACGAAGCAUAUGCACAUCCCGCAUUGGAUCAAAGAGCACUUCAACAAUAUUACUUCCUUGGACAUCAGGAUCUGCACACUAGAGGAGCCGGAUCUCAAGAUUCUCCGGGAGAUGCCGGACCUUUGGAAACUGACGCUAAGGUUCGAAGGUGUCCCGAAGAAGCCGGUUGCCAUUAGCGGUCGAGGGUUUGCAAAGCUCUCUUCCCUCACUAUAGACAGCCGAGUACCACGGAUUACCUUCAAGGAAGGAGCUAUGCCGAGCCUGCAGAACCUUACGUUCGAGUUCCAGUUCUAUGGUGGUCCACCAAAUGCGGACCACUUUAUGGGCAUCAAUCACCUCGUGCGCCUAGAAGAAGUCAGCUUCCUCAGCAACAGAUGGUAUCGAGGAGACAGCCCGUGUAUCAGCGCCACGAUGGAUGUCAUGGAAAAGGAAGCCAAGAAGCAUCCCAAGAGGAUUCGUUUUAAAUUUCCAGGCAACUCUAACCGUGCCUCCCAAAACCACUUGCUUUAUCCGGAUACACCAUUUGCUAUGAACACCUCUCUUCUCCAGGCCAUUUGCUAUGAACACCUCUCUUCUGGCCUGUAUAUUGAGCAGCGCAAGUGGCACAACCACACCCAGGCCCCCAAAAUUAAGAGCCCCUAAUCAGCAUUUAGUCAUUAAGUCUAGUUACUUUAAGCUCAGUUAGCCAAAGUGUUAGUUGCUUAUUUAGUUUCUUGACACAGCUCACAAGAAUCUGUGUAAGUAUUUACCCAUUACUUAUAGAGAGAUUUGAUUGUUCCUAUUAAUACUAGUAUAGUGCCCGUGCUAACGCUACGGCUUCAUUUCA